GGAAACUGGAGUCCAGUCAGUCUGCGCCGCACGUUUCUGCACCGCACAGGAGUGAAUAAUUGAUCAUCCUCUCGGCUUAAAUAUAUUGAUAAGGAAGAAGUGAUUUGUGAACGGAUUCACUUUCUGGAUUUCCAUUCAUAGAUCGAACUCACUCCUUUUCUUUUAUCCUCUGAAGAAAAGUUUGCUUUGAGACCUACCACAGCUGGAGUCCGCGGAUGGAAAUAACCUCUGAGUGGACAACAUCGAGUGCACCUUAUUCCGGAGGUCUGCCAACACGGAAUCGCAGCCACUGAGAAGGUGAAGACUACUAGUGUUAAAUGCUCACUGCAAGGUUUCCCAGAACACAGCACCUGUUCAUAUAACUGCUAUUAGUCCAGUGACUGUGUAAACCAUUUGCAGACUGUUUACCAUGGCGUCAAGUCUGACAUGUACGGGUGUUAUCUGGGCCCUGCUGUCCCUGCUAUGUGCUGCUGCCUCCUGUGUUGGCUUCUUCAUGCCCUACUGGCUGCUGGGGACACAAAUGGAUAAGCCUGUGUCCUUUGGCACAUUUCGCCGAUGCUCCUACCCUGUACGGGAUGAGGAGAGGCAGGCCACAGUGAUGCUGGAGCAGUGUGGGCGCUAUGCCUCCUUCCACGGCAUCCCCAGUCUAGAGUGGAGGAUCUGCACAGUGGUGACGGGCGUGGGAUGUGGCCUUCUCCUGCUGGUGGCGCUCACAGCUCUCAUGGGCUGCUGCAUCUCUGACCUUAUCUCACGUACUAUUGGCCGGGUGGCUGGUGGCAUCCAAUUUGUUGGAGGUCUACUCAUAGGAUCUGGCUGUGCGCUCUAUCCGUUGGGAUGGGACAGUGAGGAAGUACAACAGACGUGCAACAACAGCUCAGACCAGUUUAAACUGGGUUCCUGCCAGAUCGGCUGGGCGUAUUACUGCACAGGGGCAGGGGCGGCAGCUGCCAUGCUGCUGUGCACCUGGCUGUCCUGUUUUGCAGGGAAGAAGCAGAAGCAGUACCCGUACUGAAGGGAGACAAGGACAGGCAGACAAAAGGGAGAGGACUCUGAUUCUGUCAACUCACGACACUAUAGCACAUCAGGCACCAAAGACUCCAAGUCAUUAUGGUGAUCUGCACAUCAUGGGACACUACUCACCUGACAACUGCAGAGACUGUUUCAUAAUGCAACACACACACACACACGCAGCUUUGAAAACUGGUUCUUCUCUUGAAGGCUGUUCUUAAACAUGUACGGACCAAUCCUAUUUGUAUAAUUGUUACAUAACUAUUUCUUUAACAAAGAGAGUAUUCUCUUUUAUUGUCUUCUUCUCCGUGGUUAUUGAUAUUUAUGUGAUAAUGUGUCCUGUGAGUAAUAUUGCUUCACUGUUAUGCAAAGUGUUUCUGUCUCCUCUUUAUGUGUCAUUCUUGCCUUAAAAACAAAACUGAAAUGCAAUAAUCCCUAUAAUGUAAAGCAAUCCAACACUGGCUGCCUGCAUCCUCGACUCAGCCACUUCAGAUUCCAAAAAUCUAAGUUUAGUUUAACAUGAUAAUGUAUAAAAUAUUUUAUCAUAUUAGCACAUGUUUUGUAUUCA